AUGGCGGUAAAGGAGAAGGCUAAUAAGGCAGUCAAUGGCGUUAAGGAGAAAGCUAAUAAGGCUGUUAAUGGCGUUAAGGAGGUGCACUACAGGGGCGUGAGGAAGAGGCCGUGGGGCCGUUACGCGGCGGAGAUCCGUGAUCCCGGGAAGAAAAGCCGUGUUUGGUUGGGCACGUUCGACACGGCGGAGGCGGCGGCGCGUGCUUACGACGCCGCCGCUCGUGAGUUCCGUGGAUCUAAAGCUAAAACUAACUUCCUUCUACCAUCGGAGGUGCACAGCCCUAGCCAGAGCAGCACCGUGGAGUCAUCAAGCGCCGGAGCAAUGAAUACUCAUCCGCCGGUUGAGCUUGAUCUCACGCGCCUCCUUGGAGUAACUUCCACCGCCACCGCUGUGAAUGGGUAUCAGUUUUUUCGUUACCAGCCAGCCAUGGCGGUUUCGCCCACUGGACAUCCGGGUCUUUACUCUGAUCUGCCUCCAGGAUACCGGCUGAAUACGGCGGCGGCUCAGUUUCCCAACAGCGGCGGCGGCGGCGUGCAUAGUGAUUCGGAUUCUUCCUCUGUUGUUGAUGAGAAUCAAAUCGAUAGAAAGAGAGUUUUGGGUCUCGAUCUUAAUCUACCAGCCGCCGUGGAUGAAGCUUGA